CUCUCACUACUACUCUCUCUCUCUUCCUUUCGUGAAUUUUCUCUCUCUAGGGUUUCGAUUUCAAUUUUUUUUCCACUGAACCCGCGAUUGAACUGAACCUCCACCGUCCAUCUCCAUCUCAGGUUGAUUUCGUAGACAUCAACGGAGCUUAUUUGUUUCAAAGAACCCUGGUUGUUUCUCCGAAAGCUCUGUAUUCUUUAGUUGAUUCCUCGGAUAUUGGUUGCUCUUGAGGAAGUAGAUGUUAGGUUAAUGCUGUUCAUUUGCCCUUGAAUGGUUGCUACGAUGGACUUAAAUGCUUCACCCCAACCCGAAGAAGAUGACGAACCCUAUGUCAGACAUCUAGAAGACUAUUCUUCUCGGGAUGACCGGAUAGAAUCUGCUGUUGAAAUCGCAAGACGGGAGCGUGAAGAGAGAAAGAAACGAAUGAGAUAUGACAAACCAACACAUAACUCGCAGCCAGUCUUCCGUGAUCAAUAUUAUCAGAAUCGAAAUACUAAAGCUUAUGAUAGAUACAAGAUCCCUCAAGGUUGGCUAGACUGCCCUCCUUCUGGGCAUGAGAUAGGAUUCCUUGUUCCUUCCAAAGUUCCCCUGAAUGAAUCUUACAAUAAUCAUGUACCUCCUGGAAGUAGAUACUCGUUUAAACAGGUGAUCCAUAACCAGAGGAUAGCUGGGAGAAAGCUUGGUCUGGUGAUCGAUUUGACAAACACAACUCGUUACUAUUCUACGACAGACUUGAAGAAAGAAGGCAUUAAGCAUGUGAAGAUUGCAUGCAAGGGUCGUGAUUCUGUGCCAGAUAAUGUGUCUGUCAACGCGUUUGUCAAUGAGGUUAAUCAGUUCGUCCUAAAUCUAAAACACUCGAAAAAGUAUAUUCUCGUCCACUGUACACAUGGGCAUAAUCGGACAGGGUUUAUGAUAGUUCAUUAUCUUAUGCGAUCUUUGCCAAUGAAUGUUACACAGGCAUUGAAAAUCUUUUCUGAUGCCCGACCACCUGGGAUCUAUAAACCUGAUUAUAUUGAUGCUUUAUACUCGUUUUAUCACGAAAUAAAACCUGAAAGCGUCAUUUGCCCAUCAACUCCUGAAUGGAAGAGGUCGACUGAACUUGAUUUAAAUGGUGAAGCUUUGCCAGAUGAUGAUGAUGAUGAUGGCGGCCCAGCUGGUCCUGUGCAAGAGGAAAGUCAUCCGGUGGAUGUCAAGAUGUCAAAUGAUGACGUUCUAGGUGAUGAAAUUCCCCCUGACCAGGAGGAAGGUUACCGGCAAUUCUUUUAUAAGAUGCUAUCACUGAAUAUUGGGGGAAGAGGAUGUUCACAAUUUCCCGGUUCACACCCUGUCUCCUUAAACAGGGAAAAUUUGCAACUCUUGAGGCAGCGGUACUAUUAUGCAACAUGGAAAGCUGAUGGAACGCGAUAUAUGAUGCUGCUAACCAUAGAUGGAUGCUAUCUAGUAGAUAGGAGCUUUAGAUUCCGGAGGGUACAGAUGCGGUUCCCCUUCAGGCACCCAACUGAAGGCAUAUCUGAUAAAGUGCACCAUUACACACUGCUUGAUGGAGAAAUGAUAAUCGAUACCUUGCCAGAUAAACAAAAGCAGGAGAGGAGAUACCUAAUCUAUGACAUGGUAGCAAUCAACGGCCAAUCAGUUGUAGAGAGGCCUUUCUAUGAAAGAUGGAAGAUGCUCGAGAAGGAGGUGAUAGACCCCCGUAAUCAUGAGAAGGCCAGAAGUCAUAUCUACAGAUAUGACCUUGAGCCUUUUAGGGUGCGGAGAAAGGAUUUUUGGUUGCUUUCUGCGGUAGAGAAGGUUUUGAAGGGUUUCAUACCAUCACUUUCACAUGAAGCCGACGGCCUAAUCUUUCAGGGCUGGGAUGAUCCUUAUGUUCCCCGCACCCAUGAAGGUCUGUUGAAGUGGAAGUACCCAGAGAUGAACUCGGUUGACUUUCUAUACGAGCAGGAUGAGAGUGGCCGUGGAAUGCUCUCCUUGUUUGAAAGAGGGAAGAAAAAGCAUAUGGAUGGGAAUUCUGUUGUUUUUAGAGAUGAUUCAGACCCUGCCGAGUACUCUGGGAAGAUUGUAGAGUGUUCUUGGGAUCAGGAUGAGAAAGUCUGGGUAAGCAUGCGGGUCAGGGUCGAUAAAUCAACGCCAAAUGAUAUCAACACAUACAGAAAGGUGAUGAGAAGCAUAAAGGACAACAUUACAGAGGAAGUGUUGCUGCAGGAGAUAAGGGAGAUCAUCCGUUUGCCUAUAGAGCGUAAAGCCACCGAUGACGAGCUGGGCUACCCUGAAAUUGAUGAAGAUUCUUUAUUGAAUACUCAGUGCCCGAAAAAAUUGGAGCUACGAUGGCAAACUGAAGUCACUUCUAGCGUUUAUGCUACACCCUUGAUUGCUGAUAUUAACAGUGAUGGAAAGCUUGACAUUGUUGUUCCAUCUUUUGUUCAUUACCUCGAAGUACUUGAAGGAGCUGAUGGAGACAAGAUGCCAGGUUGGCCUGCUUUUCAUCAGUCAAAUGUGCAUUCCAGUCCUCUUCUAUUCGAUAUCGACAAAGAUGGUGUUAGAGAAAUUGCUCUGGCUACCUACAAUGGCGAAGUGCUCUUUUUCAGGGUAUCAGGCUUUUUGAUGUCAGAUAAGCUAGAAGUGCCACGUAGAAAAGUGCACAAGAACUGGCAUGUGGGACUUAAUCCUGACCCUGUUGACCGUUCACAUCCUGAUGUCCAUGAUGAUGUGCUUGAGGAGGAAGCUAUGGCAAUGAAGUCAUCGGCCACUCAAACGAAUGCAGGAACCACAACACCAAAUGUUACAGUCUCGAUGUCCAAAGAAUUCCAUGGCGGCGAUUCAAACGUGUCAUCUCAAGAGGAUCAAAAGAGACUCGAGAAUAAUCAAACAGAAGCUAUCGUAAAGCCUACACCCGAGCUACAUAAUUCCUCCAUGGGUGCUGGAGCAAAUAAUUCGUCAGCAAAUGUUACUACAGCUGGCUCAACAGAAAAGCUCAAUGGAAAUGUAACCACCAAUGAGGUGGAUCAAAGCAAAAUUAGUGAAGAUAAGAAUGAAACUGUUAUUAAACUAAACACUAGUACGGGUAAUUCCUCAGAAUCUCUGGGGACAACUGGAAACAGUAGUACGACAGAGACAGUAACCAAGAGUGGGAGGCGACUUCUGGAAGAAGAUGGUUCGAAAGAAUCUGUGGAUGGCCAUUCGGACAAUAAAGACAACAAAGAGGGUGUUCGCAUGGCGACCGUUGAAAACGAUGGAGGCUUAGAAGCUGACGCAGAUUCAUCGUUUGAGUUGUUGCGUGAGAAUGAUGAGUUAGCUGAUGAAUACAGUUAUGAUUAUGACGAUUAUGUUGAUGAGAAAAUGUGGGGUGAUGAGGAAUGGGUCGAGGGGCAGCACGAGAACUCAGAGGAUUAUGUGAAUAUUGACGCCCAUAUACUAUGCACUCCUGUAAUUGCUGACAUAGACAAAGAUGGAGUACAGGAGAUGAUUGUUGCUGUUUCCUAUUUCUUCGACCCCGAGUACUAUGAUAAUCCAGAACAUCUGAAAGAGCUUGGUGGUAUCGACAUAAAAAAUUAUAUUGCUAGUUCAAUUGUGGUUUUCAAUCUUGAAACUAAACAAGUCAAGUGGAUCAAAGAGUUAGAUUUGAGUACGGAUAAAGCAAACUUCCGUGCUUAUAUUUAUUCUUCCCCAACGGUUGUUGAUUUGGAUGGCGAUGGUUAUUUGGAUAUCCUUGUCGGAACUUCCUUUGGCUUAUUCUACGCCAUGGAUCAUCGUGGAAACAUCAGAGAAAAAUUCCCACUGGAAAUGGCUGAAAUUCAAGGGGCAGUAGUUGCAGCCGACAUAAAUGAUGAUGGAAAGAUUGAACUUGUAACUACUGAUUCACACGGAAAUAUAGCAGCAUGGACUACCCAAGGAGUGGAAAUUUGGGAAGCACAUCUUAAGAGUCUUGUUCCCCAGGGUCCUUCUAUAGGCGAUGUUGAUGGUGACGGACACACGGAUGUUGUGGUUCCUACAUCAUCAGGAAACAUAUACGUUCUUAGUGGCAAGGAUGGUUCUAUUGUCCGUCCUUACCCAUAUAGAACUCAUGGAAGAGUGAUGAACCAGCUUCUUCUUGUUGAUCUGAACAAGCGAGGUGAGAAAAAGAAGGGUCUCACUAUCGUUACUACAUCUUUUGACGGUUACCUGUAUCUCAUAGAUGGACCCACCUCGUGCACUGACGUUGUUGAUAUUGGUGAAACUUCAUACAGCAUGGUCUUGGCUGAUAAUGUUGACGGUGGAGAUGAUCUCGAUCUUAUUGUCUCAACUAUGAAUGGAAACGCUUGGAGAUCUACUGAUCAAGGCAGGAACAAUAAGGCCAAUCGUUAUGAUCGUCAAGGCGUUUUUGUCACGCAUUCGACUAGAGGUUUCCGUGAUGAGGAAGGCAAAAACUUCUGGGCUGAGAUCGAGAUCGUUGAUAAAUAUAGAUAUCCAUCUGGUUCACAAGCACCCUACAACGUUACUACGACGCUGUUGGUUCCAGGCAAUUACCAGGGAGAUAGAAGGAUAACGCAGAGCCAGAUCUAUGACCGCCCUGGAAAAUACCGAAUAAAACUACCAACUGUCGGAGUGAGAACAACAGGAACUGUAAUGGUGGAGAUGGUAGAUAAGAAUGGACUCCAUUUCUCAGACGAAUUCUCACUAACUUUCCAUAUGUAUUACUACAAGCUUCUGAAAUGGCUUCUUGUGCUCCCGAUGCUCGGGAUGUUCGGUCUGCUCGUGAUUCUACGGCCUCAAGAAGCCGUACCCCUCCCGUCCUUUUCCCGCAACACAGACUUAUGAUAAUAGGUACCAUCUGUAAACAGGAGGUACACAUCCUCAUAGAGCUCAUCUAAAGGAUCCAGGGACAAUUUCGUGGUA